AUGAUUUUCCAGAGCUCUCGCCAGUUUUCCGUGUUCUCCAUCUCGGACUCGGAGCUCGCUGCAGAGGCAGAGACAGCCGCCGCCGACUCUGCCGCCAGCAGCUCCACGCGGCCCGACGCGGCCGAGACGCAGCCUUCCUUCCGGGCAAGUAGCUCCACGCGGCAGAUCGCGCAGCUGCCACCAGUCAGCACGCAGACGCACGACGCUGGUGAGAUGCCACACGGUCUGAUUACCGGGACAUCACCUGCUGGCAGGAUGCUGGUGUCUACGGGCCGAAGGAUGAGACGUCCAAGCAGGAGCAGGCCGAGCGCGUGCAGGAAGUCCGAACCCUUUACCGGGCGAAGCAUGGACCCCACUCCACUCCGAAUGCA